AUAAAAAAUAAAACCCUAAAAAUGGCCGGCGUAGGGACAAGAAUCUUAUGGGAUCACCGGAAUUUAAUGAGUCAUCAAGUAUUCAAGUUGCCGGAGAAUCCGGAUUCGGAUUCGUCGGGUAUGGAAUUCAGUUUUCUCGAAGACGGCGACGAUGGCGAUCAAAUCGUCGGAAUCCACAACGAUGGGGAUGAGGACGGUGAUGAUGAUGAUGACGACGAUGAGAGAAAAGAAAGCGAUGGAAGCGGUGGUGAGAAUAAAGAGGAAUUUUGGGAGAUUCAGCACCAGGUUUUGGAAGCUACGGUGUGUAGGAUCAGUUCUUUAGAAUCGAGGAUUAGAAUCGCCAUUAAAGAAGCUUUGAGAGAUAUUAAGAGAGAAACGACGACCGUCGUUUGCGGUUGUGGUGGUAAAUCAAUGGCGGAGGGUUGUAGGGUUUGUUUUAUGAGAGAAGUGUUUCGCCGUCUCCAAACCGCCGGUUUCAACACCGCCAUUUGCCGGUCUAAAUGGAGAAGCACAUCACAUAUCCCAUCAGGAGAGCAUAGUUUUUUGGAUGUAAUUGAAAAUUCAAGUAAAGGUGAUGUAAGGGUAAUCAUAGAAUUGAAUUUCAGAGCGGAAUUUGAGAUGGCAAGAGCAAGUGAAGAUUACAAUCGUUUAGUUCGACGGUUGCCGGAAGUUUUCGUCGGAAAAGUAGAGAGGUUGAAUGACGUUAUAAAGAUUUUGUGUUUGGCUGCCAAGAAAUGUAUGAAGGAAAAGAAAAUGCAUAUGGGACCGUGGAGGAAACAAAGUUAUAUGCAAGCUAAAUGGUUAAAACCUUGUGAACGGAAUACAUCGACGAGAUCAUUGCCAGUAGGAGAUUCCGGUCGUUUGCCGAAACCGAGGGCUUCCAUGUUAACUGUAGAUUUGCUUGAAAACUUUUCCGAUGUGUGUUGUACAGCGGUUGAGGUUGUAUGAAGGUUGUUAGAUAAAAUAACCAAAAGUUUUUGUC